AAUUGAAAGCCAUAAAUACAACCGAGGCAUGGCACGCAGUCGGUAGUAAAAUUCAAUUGAAAAGUCAAUAAAAAGGCAAAUUUUGUUCAGCGUCGAAAUAUGAAACUUAUUUAUGUGGUAUUACUCGCACUUCCCAUACUAACAAACUCAGUAACCCAAGUGAAAAAGAAGCUACCAGUUCCAAAGAUAUCUCAAUCCUGCAAAAACAUAAAGUGCCCAGCAGUGGAGGAACCAGUAUGCGUGAAAGUGAAGUACAAGGAUGAUUUAAAUAAAACAAUCUACAUCACUAUGGUCAAUAAAUGUGAAAUGAAGUAUUUAAAGUGCCAUCAAAAUGUGGAGGGAAUAAUAGUUCAAAUGAAAUACUGUGAUCACAACCAUGUGAGAAAACCAGUUCAAACGAAUUCAACUGGAAUAAAAAGAGCGAAGAGAAGUGCAAGAUAUGAAACAAAUGUCGAAGGCACUAGCAAAACGAAAACCAACACAGACAAAUCCCAAAAAAACAACGAAGAUAAACCGCAGAAUAAAAAUUCCAAAACAGACACAAAAAAGAACGCUGAAGAAAAACCUCAAAAUAAAAAUUCCAAAGCAAACAAAAUCAACAAUUCCAAUGCACAACCAAAUUUUAAAGCUCGAACUCUUCGUCCAGUGAGAGAUGAAGUAAGAAGACACUUAGAGGAACCUCUAGAGGCAGAAGAUGGAAAUUAUGGAGCCAAAGAUCAGGACGAUCAGGAAGGCGGUAUGGUAGAUAGAAACUUUUUUGGAGGCCCAAUGUUCUCAAAGAACAUGUUUGGCAACGUUUUUGGUGACACCAAGGCUGGAUCCCAAGCCAAUGAAGAUUAUGAAGCAGAAACACGUGACGAAGCAGCUCAAGAUUAUGAUGAAGAUGAUGGGCUGGUGCAAGGUUCAUCUGAAGUCAACGAAGCCCUUACGGAAGGAGAUACAAACAAAGAAACCCUGAAAGGUACGGAAAAUAUAGACGGUUUUGGAAGCCAAAUGUUCCCGAAGAACAUGUUUAGCAAAUACCAAUUUGGCGGAGCAAAGGAAUCGUCUGGUAACAAUGAAGCUCUCACAGAAGGAAAUACACGAUAUGGAGCCCAGAAAGACGAUGUAGAAAACUAUGACAACGCUGAUGAUGGAGCUGGAAAAGGAUCACCUGAAGUUAAUGAUGCCUUAACUGAAGGAGAGGCGCCAAACAAAGAAGGCGGUAAUAUGAUAAAGGGAAAUUUUUUCAAUAAAAUGUUUAAAGAGAACAUGUUCAGUAAACAGAAAUUUGGAAAACCAAAAGGAAAAACUCAAGCCAGAGAAGAUCUUACGGAAGGAGAGGCGCCAAACAAAGAAGGUUUUAAAGAGAAACAAAAAAAUAUUUUGGGUCACAAAACGUUUUAUAAACAAAAAUAUAGAAACGCAAAGGGAAAAACUGGAGCCAAAGAAGAUCUUACGGAAGGUGACACCCCAUACGAAGAAGCCCCGAAGGGUGAUGGUGAGAAAGAGGGAGUUGGAUUUGGACAAAUGUUCCCAAAGAAUAUGUUCAGCAAAUAUCAGUUUGGUGGACCAAGGGGAGUAUCUGGAAACAAUGAAGGUCACACUUCAAACGAAGCAGGAAAAAAAGAUGGGGUAGUUAAACACAAGUUAAUUAAAGAUACGAACAACGAUGGUCAAUAUAGUGAAGCACAAUUUGGAUCACCUGAAAUGGAAGGCGGAAAUGAAGAUCACAACGACAACGAAGGUGUAGCUGACGAAGCAGAUGAAGCAGACUAUAAUGAGGAAAGACCCGAUGCAGAAUAUGAAGAGGAAGAACAAUUCACCGAAAAUGAAAAUGAAGAUGGAUUACAAUCCCAAGAACAUUCUAAUAAAGAGGAAAAUGUAGAAGAUGAACAACAGUAUGAUCAUUAUGAUGAAGCAGAAAAUUUACAUCACGAAGAGUCCACAAAAGAAGAUGCAGCAGCAGAACCAGCCGAGUACGACGCGGACUGCCCUUCUGUGUGCCCGAGCAGAGCCGUGAUGGUCUGCGGCAAGUGCCAGCACGGCGUGUUCAGGACCUUCCUGAGCGUGUGCCAUAUGAGGGCUUUCAGCUGCCGGUUUACUGACGAAGUAAUGGAACUCGUGUCACGAUAUCCUUGCUUGGCUUCAGCGCCAUAUCUUUCCUCUGAUAAAGGCGUCAACAUGGAACCCCAGGGCAAGCUAUCGCAGCCUGGAGACGACGAUAGGAUCCUAAGAUUCAUCAACUGCAGAAGCAGGGGGAAGCUGGGCCCAACACGCCUCAACAUUAUGGUUGGAGGCGAUGAAACACAUACAAACGAUAAAUGCAAUUUUGAUGAGGAGAAUGACUCUAAGAAUAACGAUAAAUCGUCGAAUGAAUAUAUUAACUAAGAAAAUAAAUACUUAAAUGAUAGUA